UGCAGUACCCGCUAAGGGCGGGACGCGCGGGGCACGCCGGGAGGUGUGGCGGGCCCGCUGAGGGCGGGAGCGCUCGGUCCUGCCGCGGGUCCCGGUGUCGCCGGCCGCGAUGCUCCGUCGGAAGCCGACGCGGCUGGAGCUGAAGCUGGACGACAUCGAGGAGUUCGAGAGCGUCCGGAAGGAGCUGGAGAGCCGCAGGAAGCAGCGGGACGAGGCGGAGGCGGCGGUGGGCGGCGAGGAGGCGGCGGCGGCGGCGAUCGGAGCGCUGGGCACGGAGCACAAGAGCCGCGAGCAGCUCAUCAAUGACCGCAUCGGGUACAAGCCGCAGCCCAAGGCCGGCGGCCGCACCGCGCACUUCGGCACCUUCGAGUUCUAACGGGGCUGCCCCGGGACCCCCGGCAGCCCCAGCCCCGCUCAGCCGGGCGGGCCUCGCCGUCCCCCCCUCUGCGCUGUUUCAUUUUUGGUUUUUAAGUUUGGUUAACAUGCCCGUGAACGCCCCUUUGCCGAGUGUUUUGUUUUAAAUAAACAUGUAUUUUUUAAAAGAAAAGAAUAAUCAUCCCACGAGCUGCUGUAAACGGC